GUCUUGCCCCAACGGCCCUGGGGGGCCCAGGGAUUCUUCACGGCAGUUCCGGAUCGUUGCAAGACACGAGUUCUAACGUUAUAAGUCUUCAAGGAGAAACCAUCUCGCGCACACAUGGAGACAGCAGUAUGGACGACCAAUGGACUGGACAGCGUUAUCAACAAACCGUCGGUCUGCGCUUCGGUGACAAUGGCACAGGAACCAGGGAUAGAGACUACGCCUUCUAGCACCACUAUUGACGAAGAAAUCUGCCGUAUCUGCCACAGCAAGGAGGACCUCACAAACUUCAAGCCGCUAGUAUCCCCAUGCGCAUGCUCAGGAUCCAUACAGUUUACGCACUUGGGCUGCCUGUCUCAGUGGCUCAGAAACAAGGAUGCACCUAGCGAUCGAUGUGAAGUCUGCAAGACGAAAUUUGAUGAUGACGUGAUACAGCGAUGCCAGUCCUUGGCGGAAACAAGCGAGUCUUCCUCAGAAACCGGAAUCAACCAGACUCAAGAUGCUUCUCUCGGUGGAGUAGGCAUACCCAUCCUGCUCUUCUGUUCGUUCUUCUCCCUGUCGUUGCUAGGAUACACUUUGUUCAUUCUCAUCUGCUAUUUUCCGAAAAACAUUGACUGGCUGUCAAUGUUAUCGGUGGUGCUGUGCAUUGUGCUGUCGAUGUCUAUGCUUGUGGUGGCGUUUUUCUGCUUAAAGGCAACUGCAGCUGAAAUCGGAAGACGCCUAACGGCCAAGACAAGAGAAUCGGAGUUGGGACACGAGCUCACCGAAGUCGUGCAGUUGUAAGGCAAAAACUGUGACGUCGCCUUUCUAUAAAUGCCAUAUUGUGCAAUACGUUUUAGAACAAAUCUUGUGACAGAACCAUGAUGUAUGUAUUCUCUUUGUGACUGCUCUAUAUCAUUGAAUAAAGUGUGUCUUUCAGCAUGCAGUAAAUUCGUUAUGACUCUUGGUCGCGAACAAGUACAAUUUACAGUGCAAGAUUACAGCAGGACGUUUAUAGUGCAUAUUUUGCCUCAAUGAUGGUUUCAUUGAGAACAUGUAGACACAUAAAAUGUACAGGAAAAUGUGCGAUAUUUCAAUGACCCCUUAGUGGCCCUUGUACGUGCCAUCGUGGUAACAAGUGGAUGUAGUGUCAAUACUCCCCCUCCCUUUUUCAAUUCUCUACGUUGCUAUGCUGUAUGAUGGCCAACUUCACAGGUGUCCAUGAUCACAUGAUCGUCAACAGCAUGCAGACACAAGAAAUCAAUCACAAUUUUCUGAUGUAUGACCUAAUGGUGAAGAAGCUCACAUAUAAAUGUAAAAUGAUAAAUUCGAUGUCAAUGCUAUUUAUUUAUAAAGGAACGCAGCGCCGAAUAAGCGGACACAAGCACGGUUGCGUGAUGUGGCAUAAGAAUGAGUCAUUGCUGCUGUAACGACGAACGGCUGUUCGAUAUGAACGAAAUAUUCUUGACCCCAAAUCGGUGGUGACAUGUCUCUUUGUUGCUCUCACUGUGACAGCAAGAGUUCGAUUAAUAAUUAAGUAAAAACCAGCAUGUUAUCGGGGAAUGACGUUUGGUUUUCCUGCAGUCUGACACGUAUUCCUCGUAAGAUUCUACCGGAACGUUUUCCUGUGCUCAAUGUUUUGUUGUGCAUAGUGCGACACUGAACGCGGGAGCUUAUGAAAAGUACACAGCAGUACAAAUCUACCUGUGCAAUCUCAUAACAGCUUAUCCGUCAGGCACCAUUUGGAUGAAAAGAGGAAUGUAGCUUUUGACGUCAUUUCCUGUAGCCUCGCUUCCAGUGAUGUUGAGAUACUGCCACCAGGCCUUCGCCGCAUGCGCUGUAAUCACCACAGUUGGUACGAUCAUCUGUUCCCACGGCCUAUUUAAAGGCACUGGUCAAAGCUAUCCGCGCCGUCUGAUGGGAGCUGUGGACAACAGCCAAUCAUCUGGUGCCACGUCAUCCAUUAGGUGGCCAAAAUGCAAAGAGAGAAGGCGUGUUGCUUUCGUUAAGAACCACAAAGUAGGAGGAGACACUGUGAAGAACAUUCUCAACCGUUAUGGCUACACCAGGAAACUCAACUUUUUACUCCCUCACCCCUUCGUGGCUAGUAUGACGUAUCCAUACAGUCUUUACCCAGAAUUCUACUUACCAGUACCUCCGAACCAGACCUUCGACAUGCUGGUGUACCACACCGUGUACAACAGAACACGUUUCCGACAAGUCCUCCCCAAGGACACUGUCUACCUUACCAUCAUCCGCGAACCCUUAAGUCACCUCAAGUCCAUAUGGAAUUACUACGGGCUCCAGAAUAGAUUUCUUAUCAGAUCAAAUGGCGAACAUGCGAUCUUGACGUUUCUCAAUAAUCCAGAAAAAUAUGACAAAAGUUGUGGGCACGGCCGCCAUGUUCCCUACUGUCUCACCCAGAAUUCCAUGUCGGUCGACCUUGGAUUUCCUGCACAAAACAACAAGCGCGUUACUCUGGGCUGUGACAGGGAAGAAAGAGAAGUGAUUUCUCAGACGUUUUUGCGGAAGAUCCACGACGACUUUCACCUGGUGAUGAUCACGGAGUACUUCGAUGAGUCGCUGGUGCUGCUGAAGCGGCUGAUGUGUUGGACCUUACAGGACAUACUCUACUACAAGGCCAAUGUGCGCCAUUAUGCUACCAAGAGGACGCGCAUCCCACCAGACGUCAGACAGAUCCAUAAUGAAUGGAGCUAUGUGGACUAUGCUCUCUAUCACCACUUCAACCAAACCUUCUGGAGGAGGGUACAUGCAGCCGGCAAUGACUUUUUAGGAGAGGUGAGAUAUUUCAGACGCGUCAAUCAUCAAAUGAGAGAACUGUGCGACAGCCUGUCACGUCCGAACCCGUGCCCAGUCUCACCAACAACUGUGGUCGUGAAUGAUACAAGAUGGAGUCCGGGAUUUACAAUAGACCGUGAUUUCUGUUUACUGGCGAAAAGAGACCUUGAUUGUUAUUAUUCCCUCCAAGCUGAGCGAGCAGCAAAAGCGCUGAAACUAAACCAUAGCAACAUCCACUUGUAUGGGGGUGGGGGACCUAGGCCUGCAGUUAUAUCACAAUUGAAAAGGUGGACCGAAACGGAAAGCAGAAAAGAUGCAAUGUAUGAUGUAAAGGUACACAAACUGAGUGGAAAAGACGUGGUGGGACGGCACUGUCUGUACUGUAACCUGGCUAACUGUAGACCGUUCGACUACCUGACCCAUUUCUACAAGGAUGGGCAUAUCAGCAACGACAGCUAUCGGACCGUCAUGAGAAGAAUCAACCAAAAAAUUGCCGAACGAUGUAACAUGAAGAACCUAACACUUCCGUAAAUGUCGGUCUUGCAGUUGCCCUCCACUAGAUGGGAUUUGUGAUUUGUCCAGUGUCAAGUGAUAUAGUAUCAACAGAGUUCGUUGCACUGUUUGUUCACGGUUUGUUUGAACCUUUAUUUAUUGUCAAUUAUUACUUAUUGUGGUGGAUUUGUAAUAAAUUAACGAGCUUUUAUUCAGCUGUCAAACCAACACAUAUUAUAGGGGAAAUGUUGCAGCUUCGGGCGUUUUUAAGAAGCUACAGGUAAUUACCCUCCCGGAGCCGCCAUAUCAGCAGCAACACCUACUAUCACUAUCAGAUCGGCAUGAAAUCGACCGCAGUGUAACUGCAAUCUUCGG